AUGGCAAGUGAAAAGUCCUCGGGGAAUGGAAAAGACAAAGGACAUUCUGUGUUAGAAUCCCACGGUUUUAACGUGCAGGAGACCGUCGGUCAUGGAUCCUAUGCCGCUGUGAAGUGUGCAUACUCCACUAAACACAAGUGCAAAGUGGCCAUCAAGGUGGUGUCCAAAAAAAAGGCACCCGAAGACUAUCUCAUCAAGUUCUUACCGCGAGAGAUACAGGUUGUCAAGAUCUUGAAACAUCCUAACUUGAUAUGCUUCCUGCAGUCCAUCGAGACCACCAGUCGCGUCUAUCUGAUCAUGGAGCUCGCUGAUAACGGUGACUUGUUGGACUUCAUCAAGGCCAAUGGUGCAGGUACAGAGGAGCAGACUGGCCUCUGGUUUCACCAAUUAGUGGAUGGUAUGGACUAUUGCCACAAUUUAGGCGUGGUCCAUAGAGAUCUGAAGUGCGAGAACUUGCUGCUCAACAAACACAACAUGUUGAAAAUCACCGAUUUUGGUUUUGCCCGGAGCAAGAUGAAGCCACCGGAACCGGGGCGGACCAUUCUAAGCGAGACCUACUGCGGAAGCUACGCAUAUGCACCUCCGGAGAUCCUAAGAGGUAUUCCUUAUUGUCCGAUGUUAGGGGAUAUCUGGAGCAUGGGGGUGAUCCUGUACACCAUGCUCUACGGACGGCUCCCAUACGACGACACCAACCACAAGGUUCUCCUGAACCAAGUGCAAAGACCUCCAGGAUUCCCAACCAGCCAGGUCGUCCACAGCGACUGCAAGGACCUCAUGUGCAGGAUCUUGUCCCCGGCAAAACGGCGCAUCAACAUGGAAGAGAUUCAACACAAUGCCUGGUAUAUCAGAACCACACCAACGGCUGGAAAGCCCAACAAAUCAGGCCUAACUAAGCAGACUGGAGAAGGACAGAGCUCAACUGCCCAAGAUGAGAAAGACUAA